AUGCCCACCAACGGCCUGCACCAGGUGCUGAAGAUCCAGUUUGGCCUCGUCAACGAUGCUGACCGCUACCUGACGGCCGAGAGCUUCGGCUUCAAGGUCAACGCCUCGGCACCCAGCCUCAAGAGGAAGCAGACGUGGGUGCUGGAGCCUGACCCGGGGCAGGGCGCCGCUGUGCUGCUCCGCAGCAACCACCUGGGCCGCUACCUGUCCGCCCAGGAGGACGGGCGCGUGGCCUGCGAGGCGGAGCGGCCGGGCCGUGACUGCCGCUUCCUGGUGCUGCCACAGCCCGACGGGCGCUGGGCGCUGCAGUCGGAGCCGCACGGCCGCUUCUUCGGCGGCACCGAGGACCGGCUGUCCUGCUUCGCCACGGCCAUCUCCCCGGCCGAGCUGUGGACCGUCCACCUGGCCAUCCACCCGCAGGCGCACCUGCUGAGCGUGAGCCGCCGGCGCUACGUGCACCUGUGCCCGCAGGAGGACGAGAUGACGGCCGACAGCGACACGCCCUGGGGCGUGGGCGCGCUCGUCACCCUCAUCUUCCAGAACCGGCAGUACUGCCUCCAGGCCUGUGACGGCCGCUACCUGCGCAGCGACGGCCGCCUCGUGGGGGGGCCCGAGCCCCACGCCCGCUACACGCUCGGGGUCAAGGCGGGCAGGCUGGCCUUCAAGGACCGUGACGGCCGCUACCUGGCGCCCGGGGGGCCUGCCGGCACGCUCAGGGCAGGCCGCAGCACGCGGCCGGGCAAGGAUGAGCUCUUCGACCUGGAGGAGAGUCACCCACAGGUGGUGCUGGUGGCCGCCAACCACCGCUACGUGUCCGUGCGGCAAGGGGUCAACGUCUCAGCCAACCAAGACGAAGAACUGCAUCAUGAGACCUUCCUGAUGCAAAUUGACCAGGAGACAAAGAAGUGCACCUUCUAUUCCAGCACCGGGGGCUACUGGACCCUCGUCACCCAUGGGGGCAUCCAUGCCACAGCCACACAGGUCUCUGCCAACACCAUGUUUGAGGUGGAGUGGCGUGGCCGGCGGGUGGCCCUCAAGGCCAGUAAUGGGCGCUAUGUGUGCAUGAAGAAGAACGGACAGCUGGCGGCCACCAGCGACUUUGUGGGCCCCACCCAUCCUACCCAGCCCAGGAAGGCCGUGGGCAGGCAGUGGCCCCUCAGCCCCUACUCCCCGCCAGGUGAGGACGAGCAGUUCAUCCUCAAGCUCAUCAAUCGGCCCAUCCUCGUGCUGCGGGGCCUGGACGGCUUCAUCUGCCACCGGCGUGGCUCCAACCAGCUGGACACCAACCGCUCCGUCUACGAGAUCUUCCAUCUGAGCUUCAGCGACGGCGCCUACCAAAUCCGAGGCCGCGGCGGCGGGUUCUGGUACACCGGCAGCCACGGCAGCGUGUGCAGCGACGGCGAGCGCGCCGAGGACUUCCUCUUCGAGUUCCGCGAGCGCGGCCGCCUGGCCAUCCGCGCGGGGAGCGGCAAGUACCUGCGCGGAGGCGCCUCCGGGCUGCUGCGCGCGGACGCGGACACGCCGGCCGGGCUCGCGCUCUGGGAGUACUGAGCGGGCGGCGCGCCCG